GAAUUGAGUCUUUUCCCAACAUUAUUUUGGAAAAGGGCUCAAAAAAAUGUGGCUAUUAUUAUGAAACAGGAGUAUAGAGAAAUUAGGGGUCGUUUGGUUGGAUCAAUUGGAAUGGGUUGGAAUAGAGUUAGAAUCCAUUCCAUCUAAUUCUUUGUUUGGUUGAAGUUUAUAGUAAUAGAAUCUCAUACCCAAAGGGUUCUAACUCCCCCAUACCUAUGAAAUCUCAAACCCACCCCUUCCCUCUAAGAUUUUAAUUAAGGAUAUAAUCCAUUCCAACAAUAAAACCAAACAAUUUUAAACUAUUACGUGUUUUUAGAUUUCAUACUAAUCCAUUCCAACUUGAUGAACCAACCACCCGCUUAAUGUCGUUUUUUAUAUUUUUUUUUAAAAAUAAACUUUUUUGGAGCUUUCACUUUUAAGCUGCACUCUCUUCUCCAUUGAAGCGCGUACUCUGAGCUUUCUCUUCUCCAUUGAAGCAGCUUCUUAGGUCAUAGUGAGUCCGGGUUAUGGUGUAAGAUGAGAAAUGCCAAAGUAAUUCAAAUUAGAUCUCUAUGCUUCUCAGCUUUGCAUGUGCCGAAAUUCCACUCUUCCAGCUCUUAUACUGCACCAACAGCUGCCUGCUUUUCAAAUUCAACUUCAGUUUUUCUUUCAACCACUAUUCAGCAGUUCAUUAAUUCAGAUUCACCUUCACAUGGCUUAAAGAUUCAUAGCCAUAUUCUAAAAGCUGGUUACAAAUUGAAUAAGAACAUUUCUAUCAAACUCCUCAUCCUUCAUUUGAAAUCUGGCUUUGUGAAUUAUGCAAGGCAGUUGCUUAUAGAAAUGCCUGAUCCAUCACUCUCUGCUUAUAAUUAUUUGCUUAAUGCUUAUGUGAAGCAUGGCAAAGCUCUGGAAACUUUUGAUUUAGUCCGUCAGAUGUGCAAUUCUGAUGAAAAGCCUGACAGCUUUACACAUUCAUUGAUACUAAAAGCUUGGGCUUCUAUACCCGUUCCCGUAUUUUUUAUCUGCGACAUAGGAAGACAAGUGCAUGCUCGGAUUCUAAAAUAUGAUGGUAUAGCGGAUGAUGUUCUUCUUGCUACCUUAAUAGAUAUGUAUGUCAAAUCUGAAAGGCUUGGUUAUGCAAGGUGUGUGUUUGAUUCAAUGUUAGUGAAGAAUGCCAUAUGUUCUACUUCAUUGAUAUCUGGCUACUUAAAAAGUGGUAACAUGGAGGAUGCAGAGUUACUGUUUCAAAAGAUAGUUGACAAAGAUGUUGUGGUCUUUAAUGCUAUGAUUGAAGGUUAUAGUAAAUCAACUGAUACAGCAAAGAAAUCGGUUGAAAUUUUCAUUGAUAUGCUGAGACAAGGUUAUUUACCUACACUUUCCACUUUCGCGAGUCUUAUUGGAGCAUGCUCUCAGUUGACGUCAGUUGAAAUUGGUCAACAAGUACAGAGUUACCUGGUGAAAACUAAGUAUUUUAUUAACGUGAAGAUUGGGAGUGCUCUAAUAGAUAUGUUUUCAAAAUGUGGGAGAACUGAUGAUGCUCGUCAAGUAUUUGAUUCCAUGCCUGAAAAGAAUAUAUUUUCGUGGACAUCCAUGAUUGAUGGGUAUGGAAAAAAUGGGAAACCCUAUGAAGUGAUUGAAAUGUUCAGUAAUUUGCGAGCGAAGAAUCAAAUAAAACCAAAUUAUGUUACAUUUUUGUGUGCUAUCUCGGCAUGCACAUAUGCUGGGUUUGUAGACAAAGGUUGGGAGAUCUUUGAAAGCAUGGAGAGGGACUAUUCAUUAAAGCCUCAGAUGGAACACUAUGCUUGCAUGGUGGACCUUUUAGGGCGCUCUGGGAAUAUAGAGCAGGCAUGGGAAUUUGUGAUGAGAAUGCCCGAAAAACCUAAUUCUGACGUUUGGGCUGCUUUGCUCAGCUCAUGUAAAAUGCAUAACAAACUAGAGAUGGCAAGUAUAGCAGCAGAUGAGCUUUUUAAUUUGGGUGCUAAUGAUAGGCCAGGUUCAUACAUUGCCUUAUCUGACUCACUGGCUGCUGCUGGAAAGUGGGACUCUGCAAAUAAUGUUAGGGAACUGAUGAAGCAGAGAGGAAUAUUAAAAGAUACAGGCUUGAGUUGGACAGGAGGAGAUGAUGGUCUGAAAUGGUUUCAUGUUGGUCUAAGGUGAAGGUGAACAGCUGAAAUGGAUAUUGACAUCAUAUGAAGAGCCUCAUGUUUUUUAAGCUGGCAACAAAUCAGCUUACUUGCAUUUGCAUGAUUAUUCAGAUAAUCAAUCGCCUUUGGGGUUUUUCUGCAUCAGAAUUACUUUUGCCAAGCACAGAGCAUUCAACAUUUCUAGUUAUACAGACCCUUUUUUUAAAUGACUUUCGGCUCUGGCAAACACAUACUGGGACAUUACUCUGCAAGAUCCAAAAAUGUGUAAGGUCUGUUCAUUUGCUACAACAAAGCUUCCAGUUGAAGGGCUUGCUCACUCCAGAAAAUGCAUCACCUAUUGAUGUAUGCUGUUGGAAAGAAGAAUGGCGUGCAGAUAUGCUGUAUUUGUAGACAAAGGUUGGGAGAUCUUUGAAAUCAUGGAGAGGGACUAUUCAUUGAAGCUUCAGGUGGAGCACUAUGUUUGUAUGGCUGAUCUUUUGUGGCACUUUGGAAACAUAGAGCAAAUGUGGAAUUUUGUUAUGAGAAUACCAAAAAAAACUAUUUCAACUUUUCUAGUGUCUGGGCUGGUUUGCUCAGUUCAUGCAAACUGCUUUGCUAAAAUGGGAAGUAUAGCGGAUUAGCUGGAUGAAUUUUUUAAACUGUGUAUUGAUUGAAGGAUUGGCUCACACAUUGCCCUAUUAGACUCAUUGGCUGCUGCUG